UUAAAAUAAACGUCUGUUUAAUGUUGAUUGUGUAAAAAUUUCGUUUUCAAUUGAUGGUUAAAAUCAAAUAAAACGCGUGUUCAUUAAUAAUCAAUCAAAUACACAGCAGAAAGCAAAAAUUAAUCUCGAAAUAACGAAAAACUUAUAUAAAAGCAGCCGCGACCCCUAUCAUCCUGUCUUUAGCAAGCAAAAAAAAAAUGGAAUCUAAACGUAGCCACAGGCAAAGCGUGCAUAGCAAUAAGCCCGGAUCAUCGAAGACGCAAAUAUUAAAAAGCACCAGUGAUGUUAGCGUGACCCCUAGUCAAGCUGCCGAAUUAGCCAAACAAAAUGCUCGAAAAAAUCCUUUGGAUGCUUUAAGUAAAAUGAACGCUAGACAAACACCAAUCAUUGAGCGUAGAUCGGGUCUCCAAGAUGUGGACGAAGAAUAUUUAAAGAAAAAUAUUUUCACUAAACCAUUAUUUCCACGUCAUUCGGGCCUAAACGAUGAUGUUUAUGCGGCGCGUCAAAUCCAAAAUAUGCCUGCUGCCGGACAACCUUCCGUAUCGGGCUCAAACGAUGAUGCCUAUGCUGCGCGUCAACUCCAAAUCCAAAAUAUGCCUGCUGCUGGACAACCUUCAGUACCGCCGCAGGGCGAUGGUAUAUCAGUAACAUCUUCAAAGGCUCAUCAGCAUAAUAAGUAUCAUCAGCAACAACCGCAGCAAGUACCACCGCAAUUAUCGCCGCCGCAACAACCGCAAGUAGCUCAGCCUAACUUGCCACCAUCGCAAGUUCAAAUGCAAGUAGCGUCAGGAGGACAAUCGCAUGGCAAAAAUCCAAUAGCAACCCAUGUAAAUUCUGCAUAUUAUUAUUUAAAUAUUUAUAAAUAAAGCAAUCUCUUUUUUUCCUUUAUGUG